AUGGCCCGCCCUGCAAUUCCUUGGUUCACGAACCCCGGGUUACUUCUUGGCAUCAUUGCUGCUUUGGCCUUCCUUCUGUUGCUGCUGGACGGAUCCGCGUCCAAUGAUUCAGCGACACAAGGCCCUCAGCGUGACACUCAAAAGGCAGUCCUCGACCUGCAUACGGCGAUCCUCAAGAAUAUGUCUACGAGAGUGCAAACUGCAGAGCAGGCACUGAUGGAGCUGCGGCAGGCUCACUUGGAUCUCAGGAAGAAACAAGAUGAGGCCACUGUGCUGCGCCGUGCCACCCGUGCCGUUGCGCAACGUGGGGGUGGGCCACCGCCACCGACGCAAGAGGCAUCGCCGCCUGCACCUGAUGAGGCCGCGGAGGUGCAACAGCCUGAUGACCUGGACAAUGAGGAACAGGACGCCGCUGCGGAGCCUGCAUCUGAGGAGCAACAGAAGUUGGAGGAAGAGGAACAAAGAAAGCUUAUUGGUUACAAUGAGGCAACCAAGACCUUCAAGCGCUUCAGGCCUGAUUUCAAGUGCGGCAGCCGGGUCCCAUUACUCCCUGACGACGAAGUGGUGGAAUGCGACCGCUUGAGUGUCACCCCUUGCUGCAGUGCGCUGGGAUGGUGUGGGCGGACGAAAGGUCACUGUAGGUGUGCCACAUGCAUCGACUACCGCAAAGAGUGCGCUGCCUUGCAAACCCUCUACACUGCAGGACACAAAGUUGAAUUGGCUGCCACAAAAUUAGGACCCGGCUUUCCAGGCUUCCAGGCGUAUCAUACAUCGGUCAAAGUGGAUGACAUGGAGUACUCCUUCAGUGGCGAAGGGAUUGUGGUUCAACGUGGCUUGCCCAGCCACAUGCGAUUGCCAGACACACCAGAGGUGGUCUAUGUUGGUCUCACCAGCCUGUCUGGUGACGUCAUGCAGAAGCAUCUGACGGGAUUCUUCAAGAGAGGUUCCUACGACCUCUUGCGGAAGAACUGCAAUUCCUUUAGCGACUGCGCCCUCUACUUCCUUUUGGACAUGCGCCUGGAUCCAAGCUACAAAGGCCUUGAGCAGCUGGGCCACAUGGCAGAUCGGCAAGCAGGCAUUGUCCAAGCUGUUACAGAGGGCAACUACAGACCGAACCCAAAUGCGGACACAUUCAGUGUCGCUGCAACCAUUGAAGCAAUCAACAAACUGAAGGAUUCGCCAGCGUUUCGGUUUUCAUAA